ACGUGGUGCUGCUUACUAACGAUGAACUGAAGUACAUUUCUCCAACGGCGAGAGAAGUUGACCUUCAUUAUCCUCAGUCUUGAACCCGGCCAGUUCUAGUGCGGACCCCUAGUUCAUUGAAAAGCGACAUUGUUUCUUUAAGAUUCAACUUUCAGCCAUCAGCGGGUCUGUCUGUUCAUUGUUGGAGAGAGAGAGAAAGAGACAGCGAGUUGAGAUUGAUAUACGGGUGCUGAGGACAAGUCGUGCAUAAUAUCAUCGAGCAGUUGGGGUGGGAAGCAGCACAGAACCCCGGUAUUGAGCACACAUCCUACCAGAGACAACAUGGGUUGUUAUGACUGCUGUAUGAAGUGCCUGGGAGGGGUACCAUAUUGCUCCCUGGUGGCCACUCUGCUGUGUUUCUCUGGGAUCGCUCUGUUCUGUGGCUGUGGUCACCAGGCCCUCACUGAGACGGAGAGACUCAUCGAGACAUACUUCGCCCGUAACCUACAGGACUACAUUACCCUGGCCUACCUUAUCCAGUACUUCCAGUAUGUUAUCUAUGGCUUGGCUUCAUUCUUCUUCCUCUAUUGCAUCGUACUGCUGGCGGAGGGAUUCUACACCACCAGCGCCGCCAAGCAGACCUUCGGAGAGUUCAGGAGCACCCUGUGUGGACGAUGUCUUAGUAGCACGUUUAUAUUGAUAACGUACCUUCUGGCAGUGGUGUGGCUGUUGGUGUUUGCCUUCUCUGCCUUGCCUGUCUAUUUCUUCUACAACAUGGACGCUACCUGCCACACCAUCACCGUCCUGACUGAGACCCCAGCUAGCAUCAACCAGCUCUGUAUCGACGCCAGGCAGUACGGGCUCUUACCAUGGAAUGCGUUGCCAGGCAAAGCUUGUGGGAUGACACUGUCCACUGUCUGCAAAACCAGAGAGUUCCGUGUGACCUACGACCUGUACAUCGCAGCGUUUGCCGGGGCUGGCAUCACACUCUUGGCUCUGCUCACCUACAUGGUGUCCACCACCUAUAACUUUGCGGUGCUGCGGUACCUGGGGAGAAAGGGCAUAGGCACACGAUGUUAAGACACUCCACUUCCUGUCUCCCGAUCCGACAGAGACACCCAGAGAGGACACUAUGAGUCCCUAACACCCCUCUGCCUAUCCUCAACACCACCGGUGGAGUUGAUUCUUUGAACGAUUCCUAUUCCUUCACGACCCACCAACCUUUCCAUGUACUCUGUCUUCGUAGCACCACGGGUGGUUUGGUGGAAACCCAGACGUAUACUACCUUAGUCUACUGCUUUGUCUGUUCUUCUCCUGUUAGAUUUACUUUACUCUGAAGCCGUCUUCUUCAAGUUAGAACUUUUCUGUAUUGUUGUUGUUCUCCAUGUGUAUUUUAUCAUGGGUUUGUAAAGUCAUGUUCCUCAUAUACUGCAGUUAGUGUGCCUGACGUAUACUUCAUGUUUUCUUCACUUUUUUAAAACGUAAAUCACAUGUAAAAACUUACCUAGUAAUAUAACAAAGAUCAUUUUAUUUGACAAAAGUAUUCAGUUAUAAAUGUCCCACUGACUCUCGUGGUUAGGGACUACUUGGUUAGGGACUACUUGGUUAGGGUCUACUUUGGGAUUAUAAUCGGUUACCAUGGGUACAGUCCCUCACAUCUGGUUGCCAUGGUGCCAGACAUGUGUGCGUUUGCAGUUCUUCUCUCUGACCUCAGGGCCUUUUCUCACGGGAGGCAGAAAGGCCUCAACAAUGGAGGCCGCCCCCCUUAGGACUUCUUAGAAAACUAACCAAUCAGAGGGGGUUCCUAGGGUCUACCUGCCCCGGCUCCCGGGUAGGGGGUGGAAGGGAGGUCUGUGUGACAAGGCCCCUUUGUUACUAUAGGGACCGUGGUCUAUGGCAAGGGUCAGAUUGUAUGUCAUAGGGAGAGGGUCUCAUGACAAAGACAGGAGAAAGGCUGAAGGCUUCCCUCAAAGGCCUGAAUACAACCCUGCUGUGACGAACCCACUGCUGCACGACAUCCCAUCUGUUGGAGGUGAUGGAUCCUGUGAAGGGACUUGGAAAGAAAAGGGUUAACAUUUUGUUUGAAUGAACGGGAUAUCUCUGAGAGAAAAGGGACAACAUUUUUUGUGAGUUUGUGCCAUAGAUUUCUGGUUGGUACAGAUCAAUAGAAGUCCUUAAUAUUUCUGUUUUUAAUGUUGAGAUAAUAAAGUUGUUACAGGUGCUUCAUUUUUUUUUUAAAGCAACCUUCAUGUUAUUUAGAAGUUUAAAACAUCUCUGAAGAUGCUUGACUCUGUAUGGCUCUGCAUUGAGGUGAUAUUAUCAUUGCUCCCCCUUCUGGCAGUAUACGUUCGCAAGGGAUGAGGGUCUGUUAUAGAGGCAAAACAAUGCAGUUUUUAUAUAGUUUUGUCUCUGUAGCUGUCUAGAAAAUAUUAGUAGUUAUUGUAUAACACCCCUAGUACUUACUGUAGGUAAAUGUACUAAUCUUAAUGACAAUUCACACUGUUUAAUCUCUUGCUAACAAAAUAUCUUGUAACAUACUGUGAGUAUAGGUUAUCCAAUUGGGUGGAAGCUUGAUCCAACAGCUCAGGUUGGUUUUGUGAACUGACGGCUGGCUGGUUGUCUGGUUUUUGUUUCUUUGUGUUUUAUGAUAUAUUGGUUUGGCAAUAAAAGAUGGUCUGUCCUUUUUUAAAGAAA